AGCGCGAGGCGAGGUGACAUCGGUUGAAACAGGGGUUCCGGCGAAGAUGGCGACUCAAAACCCUCCUGAGCUCGAGACGGAUGACUCCGAACAAGAAGAGGGAGAGGGUUAUGGCAGCGGUGGAGGCCUAAACCCUGAGAUCAAGCCUUCGGGUGCGGGUGUCUCGGGUCAGCCCCUCCUGUGCCUCAUCCGAUUUGCCAGUGAUUCCGCCGCCGGCGCUCUAAUGGGAUCCGUAUUUGGUUACGGAUCAGGCCUAAUGAAGAAGAAAGGAUUUAAAGGUUCUUUUGCAGAUGCUGGGUCCUUGGCUAAGACAUUUGCAGUUUUGUCCGGUGUCCACAGUCUUGUUUCCUGUCUCUUAAAGCGUCUCAGAGGAAAGGAUGAUGUUAUCAAUGCAGGCAUUGCAGGGUGUUGUACAGGUUUUGUUUUUAGCUUUCCAGGUCAACCACAUGCCCUCCUUCAGAGUUGCCUCACCUUUGGAGCAUUUUCAUCCAUCAUCGAAGGAUUUUAUAGAAAACAAGCUGCAUUGGCUCAACCUUACUUGGCUCGUCAAGGUAGUUUCAAAGGUCCAGAUGAUGUUCUUCCUCCAUUCACGCUUCCAUUUCCCCAUCAGUUAUGGGAAGGCUUUUCAUCCUUCUGCCAAUCCUUACCCAAAUCAAAGGGAAUAGCUAGCGACUGAGUGCAGACCACCAGCUUAAUCCGACUUUUGAAUGUAUAAUUUCUCGAGAAGAAAAAGUCAAACUUUUCAGUUUUGACAAAGUUGAUCUUAUUUGAUCGAGUUACAUGGAGAUAUGAACGGCUUGUUGUAGCUACCUUGAUAUGUGAAGUUCCCUUUGGCAUAGCCAUAAUCCUGGGCAUCUGGUUUCAUAAUAUAUUGGAGUAUGUGCUAGGUUUCGGAUUG